AUGUCGGACUACAACAGCAUGAAGGUCCCCGAGCUCAAGAAGCUCCUCAACGAGCGCUCUUUGCCCCAGACCGGCAACAAGGCCGACCUGAUCGCUCGUCUUCAGGAGCACGACAAACAGCAGGCGAAGCCCGCCGAUGCCGCGCCCGCCACCACCAAGAAGGACGGCGAGGCUGAGGAUGAAAUUGACUACGAGGAUGAUGACUUCCCCGCCGGCGACAAGAAGGCCGCCACCGAGACCACCGACGAGAAAGCCCCUGCCAGCGCCGCCGCCGAGACCGCUACAGAGUCAGAGCCCAAGGCCCCAGUAGAAUCCGAGGAAAAGAAGACAACAGAAGCCGCCCCCGCUGCCGCUGCCAGCACAGAACAACCCGCCGCUUCUUCCGCUCAGGGAGAGGAGGUCGCCGCCAAGGACACCACUACCGCCACCGCUACUACUGCCGAAGAUCCCAGCAAAGCAGAGGAGCAGAAGCCGGCCGAGCCUCUCUUCUCCCAACACCUUCCCCCCACCGAUGCCAAGUCCGAAGCCGAGAAGCGCGCCGCCCGCGCCGCCCGCUUUGGCAUCACGACAGACGAGAAGUCCGAGGAGGUCCAGAAAGCUGCGCGCGCCGCCCGCUUUGGCCUGGCUAACGACCAGGUAUCAGCUCUCGACAGCGCGUUACCCGAUAGGCCGCGCAAGCGUGGUCGUGGCGGUAAGGAGGAGGGUGCUGGCGAGGAGGGUGGCAGUGAGAGGGCAGCUAAGCAGCAGAAGACCACCGCUGCUGCUCCUCAAGAGAACAAGGGCGGCAACCAGAGGCAAGGUGGUGGUGGUGGUGCUGGUGGUGGAAGGAACAGGCAUGGGAGGAAUAGGAACAACAACAACAACAACAACAACAACCGUGGUGGUCAAAGUCAAAACAGCAGCAGGCAACAAGGGAAUCAGCCCAAGCAACAGCAGCAACAACAGAAAAAGCCUGCUGCUGCUAUCGACCCAGCGGAAAAGGCCAAGAUGGAGGCUAGAGCGAAGCGCUUUGCUGCUGCGUCCUCCUAA